UCCCUCGCCCCGGCGCCGCGAUCCAAGAUGGCGGCGCUGAGCAGCGGCAGCAGCGCCGAGGGGGCCUCGCUCUUCAACGGGGACAUGGAGCCCGAGCCGCCUCCGCCCGCGCUCGGCGCUUGCUACGCGGGGGGCAGCGGCGACCCGGCCAUCCCGGAGGAGGUGUGGAAUAUCAAACAGAUGAUUAAAUUAACACAAGAACAUAUAGAGGCACUGCUAGACAAAUUUGGAGGAGAGCAUAACCCACCAUCUAUAUAUUUAGAGGCCUAUGAAGAAUACACCAGCAAACUAGAUGCUCUACAGCAGAGAGAACAGCAGUUAUUGGAAUCAAUGGGAAAUGGAACAGAUUUCUCUGUCUCCAGCUCAGCUUCAACAGACACAGUUGCAUCAUCAUCCUCCUCUAGCCUCUCUGUAGCACCUUCAUCCCUUUCGGUUUAUCAGAACCCUGCUGAUAUGUCACGGAAUAACCCUAAGUCUCCACAGAAGCCUAUUGUUAGAGUCUUCCUGCCCAACAAGCAAAGGACUGUGGUUCCAGCAAGGUGCGGGGUAACAGUCCGAGACAGCUUAAAGAAAGCUCUGAUGAUGAGAGGUCUUAUUCCAGAAUGCUGUGCUGUUUACAGAAUACAAGAUGGAGAGAAGAAGCCAAUUGGGUGGGACACUGACAUUUCCUGGCUCACAGGAGAGGAGUUGCAUGUGGAAGUCUUGGAGAAUGUGCCACUCACAACACACAAUUUUGUACGAAAAACAUUCUUCACGUUAGCGUUCUGCGACUUUUGUCGAAAGCUGCUUUUCCAGGGAUUCCGGUGCCAGACGUGUGGCUACAAAUUCCACCAGCGCUGUAGUACAGAAGUGCCACUGAUGUGUGUUAAUUAUGACCAACUUGAUUUGCUGUUUGUCUCCAAGUUCUUUGAACAUCACCCCAUACCGCAGGAGGAGGCCUCCUUAGGAGAGACCACCCCAGCAUCUGGAUCGUACCCCUCAGUGCCCCCCUCAGAUUCUGUUGGACCACCAAUUCUCCCUAGUACUUCUCCUUCAAAAUCCAUUCCAAUCCCACAGCCCCUCCGACCAGCAGAUGAAGAUCAUCGGAAUCAAUUUGGGCAACGCGACCGAUCCUCUUCAGCUCCCAAUGUUCACAUCAAUACAAUUGAGCCAGUCAAUAUUGAUGACUUGAUUAGAGACCAGGGUUUACGAGGAGAGGGAGCCCCUUUGAACCAGCUGAUGCGCUGUCUUCGGAAAUACCAAUCCCGGACUCCCAGUCCCCUCCUUCAUUCUGUCCCCAGUGAAAUAGUGUUUGAUUUUGAGCCUGGCCCAGUGUUCAGAGGUUCAACUGCGGGUUUGUCUGCAACGCCUCCCGCCUCUUUGCCUGGGUCACUCACCAAUGUGAAAGCGUUACAGAAGUCACCAGGACCCCAGCGGGAAAGGAAAUCAUCCUCAUCCUCAGAAGACAGAAACAGAAUGAAAACCCUUGGUCGACGGGAUUCAAGUGAUGAUUGGGAGAUACCAGAUGGACAGAUCACAGUUGGACAAAGGAUAGGAUCUGGAUCAUUUGGAACAGUCUACAAAGGAAAGUGGCAUGGUGACGUGGCAGUGAAAAUGUUGAACGUUACAGCACCCACACCUCAACAGUUACAGGCUUUCAAAAAUGAAGUAGGAGUGCUCAGGAAAACACGACAUGUGAAUAUCCUGCUUUUCAUGGGUUAUUCAACAAAACCCCAGUUGGCUAUUGUUACACAAUGGUGUGAGGGGUCCAGCUUAUAUCACCAUCUACAUAUAAUUGAGACCAAAUUUGAAAUGAUCAAGCUAAUUGAUAUUGCACGACAGACUGCACAAGGCAUGGAUUAUUUGCAUGCCAAGUCAAUCAUCCACAGAGACCUCAAGAGUAAUAAUAUUUUUCUUCAUGAAGACCUCACAGUAAAAAUAGGUGAUUUUGGUCUAGCUACAGUGAAAUCACGAUGGAGUGGAUCCCAUCAGUUUGAACAGUUGUCUGGAUCUAUUCUAUGGAUGGCACCAGAAGUUAUUAGAAUGCAAGAUAAAAACCCAUAUAGCUUUCAGUCGGACGUGUAUGCGUUUGGGAUUGUUCUUUAUGAACUGAUGACUGGACAGUUACCAUACUCAAACAUCAACAACAGGGACCAGAUAAUUUUUAUGGUGGGACGAGGAUACUUAUCUCCAGACCUCAGCAAAGUACGGAGCAACUGUCCAAAAGCUAUGAAGAGACUAAUGGCAGAAUGCUUAAAAAAGAAAAGAGAUGAGAGACCCCUUUUUCCACAGAUUCUUGCCUCCAUUGAGCUCCUGGCCCGGUCAUUGCCAAAAAUUCACCGCAGUGCAUCUGAGCCCUCAUUAAACCGGGCUGGCUUCCAGACAGAGGAUUUUAGUCUCUAUGCUUGUGCUUCUCCAAAAACACCCAUCCAAGCAGGGGGAUACGGAGAGUUUGCAGCGUUCAAGUAGCCACAGCACCAUGGCAGCACCCACUCUGUUAUUUAAGUCUUGUGUUCCUACAGUUUCUUAACAUCAAAAUUCUAUUCUGCUCCACAAAACCUAAAGUAAUUUAGAAAAGAUAUCCAUAAGCUUAAAAGUGGAGCAGAAUGGAACUGCCAGUCCAACACAAUGGGAAAAAAAGUACCUUUUUGGGAACCAGAAUCCUCUGCUGCCAGUGUUUCUCCUUCAACACAAACCACCACGUGCAUUCGGAGACCCGCAGUGGCUGCCUGUGCCGUUGGCAUCAUUCCCAGGAGAGAGGAGAGGGCACUCGUGGUUUGACUGUGGUGCUCGGGCAUGAGGGGAUGGAACUGCUGCUGCAACUUAGGAGACUUGCUUUGGAUGGUCUGCUGGUCGGCUUUCUCCCUCUAACAACGUACCAUCAGAGGCUGAGUAUCUGAUGAGUGCUAAUUUAAAUGAAUCCUCCUCCCUUCUCAUCUUUUGUUUUCCUGGUGUACUCACUGAUUUAUGGACAAUGCAGUAUCCCCUUUUCACUCUGUGACAAUGUCAGACGCCUAAAUCUCUCUAUGUUAUUGGGUUUUAUUCCAGUAAAAUGUAAAGUAUGGGGUGAUAGGAGAUGGAGAAGAUGUUACUCCAAAGGCGAAGUGGUUAAUCUGAAGGAAAAGGGGAUGCUGCUGCACCUUUUUUCAGAUUUACUUUAUCACUUCUUCAAAAAACAAACAACCACCAACUGUAACCUUCUCCUUUUCCGGUAUUUUCUUGGUGUGUGCAAAUACAACGUCUUUUAGAAGGAUCAGUUACAUCCUUCUUUUGUUGGUCCAGCAACAAACUGAAGUUAAAAAAAAAAAUAAUGUAGCAAGAUUAUCCUCUUUUAUUUUUUCUUUUUGUAUCAUAUGACACAAUGUAUUUAUCAAAGAUGCUACCACAGCAUCUGAAGUCUGUAGAAUUCCUGAUACAGACUGUGAAUGGUGUAUGUACCUACUUUAAAAGUUUUAUUUUAAAUGAAGGUGCAGGUUAAUGCCAGGUACCUUACCAAUAUGUAAUGUUUUCAUAAAAGGGGAAAAAAGUUCUCAGGUUGAAUUGAAUACAAAUACAAAACCCCCUAGAAUUAGACAUUCCAAAAAUUAUGUUUUGGUACUUUCAAGAGCUUUUUUUUUAAAGGAUUUUUAUCCUGUUAACUAAACGUCCUCUAAUAAGUGUGUGUGUAAACGUGGAGCAUCUUGUCCUAAUGGCAAGCUGUUAGAUCAAAACAAAACGGUACUUGCUGGAUCCAUGCUGACUACUUCUCCUCUCAUUGCUUUCUUCCCUGUCAUCUCUUCCCUUUAACUGUUUGUCUUUCCCUUUUGUACACUUUGCAAACUAGGAUGAAGGUGGUGGUAUCUCCAUUAGAGUGCUCUGUUUUCCUGUCCUCCAAUCCUGGUUUUCAAAUGGUUGGUAGCUUUUUGACAAGUUAACCAGUCAGGGAAAAAAACAACUCAAAGUUCUGCACAUUGUUUACCUCUAGUAGAAUAUCUUGUGAUGUGAUCUGUUUGCAGAGUUCUCUGGUAUGUGGUAUUACUUGUAAAUUAUUUGUACAGAAGCAAGUCAGACCACAUUAGAAAGAAAUUAAAGCUCAGACAGUUUUCAGAAUUUGAUUCAUACCUGCCCUGUGCCACUCCCUCCAGGUGAGGCAGGAGAACCAACCCCCCAACCCAAGCUGGGAGAUUCUUGCUGGGGGGAGAUGGAGGGUGUUAAACAAAAUAAUGGCAAAUAAAUGAAGGAGUUAAAUGUGUGUGAAUGUGGUGUCCGUGCUAAACACGGGUGUAUUGGGUGAGGACACUGUCCUUCUCUCCCUGGGGGAGCUGGACUGUUUCUGUCUGCAGAAGGUUGCUCCCUGGAGAAGGGAGAAAUGCACAUUGGUAGUGGGACAUGCUUUUAAAACCCUGGAGUUCUGUGGUGUUGCUGGUAGUCAGUUAUGCUUGUCAGUAAGUAUUUACUGAGGUUAUAGGGACCAGACUAAUCUGAAGUGGGAAUUAUAACUGAAAUACUGUGUAUUCAUAUUAAUUCCACAAACAUUAGCAAGACAGCAAUAGUGAAUGACUUAAUAGUCACUACAAGAAUGAAGUGAUUCAUGUUGGUACAUGAAUAAAAUUGAUUUUGUGUACAGGAUGCAUUUUAAAAACAAAAAAAAAAGAGAAGAAGAAAAAAAAAAAAGCACAAAUUUUUUCUUGUCUGCUGUGGGUCUUCAGAUGCUGUAAGGUUUUUUCCUUAUUGAGAUUGGCAGGAAUUUAAAUAGUAGCAAUAGCCACUUUACAAUGUGGAGAAGGUAAUGAGUGAGCAGUGGUGCGCCUACCAGUGAAAUCAGAGUGCUCCCUCGUGAUCAUUUGAGGCCAAUACCUAAGAGGUGGAAAGAGCCUGGGGCCACUGGGGUCAGCAGGCAGGCAAGAGCCUUUACAAACUCCCAGAGGGUGAAGUAGUCGCUGCUCAUUCUCCCUCAAGCCCCUCUAUGGUUUGUGGCCUAAUUUGUACAUGUCGGACAUACUGGAAAUUAACGUUCUCUCGAAAUAAACUGUUAUCGGAGCAAGAAUGUACAGGUGGUUCAACAGUCAUUUGUUUCACAGAGCUUGUUGAAAGCCCUAGUUUCCUUCCAUAAGGUCAUGCUGGCAGAAGAUUGUCUGCUAAAAUAGAACUGUUAGGAAUUUCAUUCUAUCUUUGCUUAAAAUGAACUUAUUUUUGUGAAGAUUCUUUACUCGUUAGUCUACAAUAUGCUUCUUGAGCCCAUAGGAAAAGCACAAGGAAAGUUGCUGUCCUUGUCCAUGCAAAGCACUUUAUAAGUAGCACGUGAUCUUUGGGGUUUUUUUACUGGGGUUUGUUUGUACUUUUGGUUUUCUGUUUUGUUUUUUUCCCUGAGGAAUGUGCAAGUUGUUGGCUGCUGUUUAGAGAAGUCCUUUCAGAAUGCAUUUCUACUGGUUUUUACAUUUGUUUCCCUCCAGAUAGCUGUAGUAAUGUGUGUUUUUCUGUAAGAGGUCCCAUGUAAUACGCAAAACAUUGGAAGAAAUUUGAUUUGUAAAUAAUUGGUAUUUUUAUUUUUUCCCAAUCUUUGCCUUCAGGAGUUUUUCUGGAUGUUUUGCAUGCCAUCAGAACCAGUCUUAAAGGUGCUCUGUAGAUGUUUAUUGAAAGGGGAGGUAAGAAAAGACAAGAACGGAGUGCCCUGUAUGGCAGUGGGAUGAAGGAAGUAAACUCAAAUGCCCAGUAGAUUCAUGUCUGUUACACCAGAUUUCUUAAGCUUCCCUGUGGUGUCAGAAGCACAAGCACAUGCCGUAGUAUGGAAGUGUUAGCACUUAUUUCAUGUGCACGUGUUGGGACAAACAGAAUCACAGAAUUGUUCUGGUUGGAAAAGACCUUUAAGAUCAUCAAGUCCAACCAUUAAGCAUCUAGACAGCCAUACUGCUUUUAGCUCUACAGUAUCUACUAUCUAAUAAUUAUUUGCAAAACUACCAGUAUCCAGUCCCAGCUAUUCAUGUCUUUAUUAAUCACACGUACACCUUUCCCUCUGCCUUUCCUUUUCCAUACAGUUAGAAGAGCCCUGUUUUUUACAUCUUCCUUGCUAGCACAGUGUUUUUUCCUGUGGCAUAUUUGCUGGAACUGGAACAUUGUAGUGGAGCUUAGACCCAAUGGUAUAAGGAUAGAGGCCUGGUUAUUUUGAAAGGAAUUUCUGCAUGAAUUAAGUCCUACAUGGACCCGGAUACAAUUAGCCCAGUAAUUUCUUUUUUGCUAGACUCGUGCGGGUCAUUGAAUUAACCCACUUCUGCUUUUUAUGCUUAUCUAAAAUAAUCUUUUCUUGUACCUGAAUCCUCUAGCAGCAGAAUGAGGCCAAGUACUGCUAUCGCAUCAUGUUCUCUCAACAUCACUUGGAUUAGUAUGUGCUCAUUAGAGACAGAAUUUGGCCCUCAUGACAUAAAAUGAAUGAAACACUGACUAUUCAUAAGUACCACAUGUUUCCAGAAAUGCCAAGACUCGGGGGAAAACGCAGUCAGGAUGACACAUAAAUAGGUUUGCUUCAGUGUUUGCCUGGUGAUGUAAGUGCAUCUAGCAUUUUACAGAACAUUUGGGGAAGCUAGAUCCCCAGAAACCUCACAAACAUGUACAGGUUGAAGUUUUGAUAGCUGGAGGGGCUACAUUUAGGGAAGAAGCACGUAGACAUUUCACACUUCCACAGCCAGUAGAUUUCACUCCCUUGUUGACUGUGAGUGCAGCGUGUGUAGCACAAACUAUUCAUAGUACUGUAGACAUCGUGUCUUCUGUCUGUUGAAAAAAGAAUCACCAGUAGCACAAUGCAACAGGCAAAGCUUCCAGGUACAGUCCAGUUCAGUUAGAAAGCAGUUGCUAGAGUGGACUGUUACAGCAUCUCUGGGAAGGUGCUGGGUGUUCUGGUUUUCUGUUACAUGUUUUACUCAGAAGUUUAUAAAAUGAACUUUCUGUUUACUGCAGCCUUGUUCAUGUGCCAGGGGAGGAUAUUGGAUAUUAGGAAAAAUUUCUUCACCAAAAGAGUGGUGAGGUAUUGGAACAGGCUGCUCAGGGAGGUGGUGGAGACACCAGGUGAAUAUGGUGUUCUGAGAGAUGGUUUAGUUGUCACGGGCAUCUAGGGCAGCCAGUUGGACUUGAAGGUCUUUUCCACCUUUGAUGAUUCUAUGAUUCUACAUGCAUAAGCCCUUCCUGUUUGUAUUGGCAUGCAUUUUAAAUAAUCUUUCUUCGUUGCUUCUUUACUUCUUACCUAGUAAAUAAGAUUUUCAGAAGAGCAAAGUUGUUAAAAUCUUUUCUUUGCGUUUAAGUUCAAGGAUGCUAACACAGAAGCUACUAAGUCAGCAGCACCGUGACAGCAGUAAAUAACUAGGAAACUGUGGAAGGAGGAAACUGGGAAAACUGCAGAAUAUAGAGUACACCAAGAGUGAAAUCAGGUGAAAACAGGCCUAUCUCUUUACUUCAGAAAAGAGAGCUACCAAGACCCUCUCUGGUAAAUGGUUUACAUAGGGAUUUCCCAAAACAGUCUUUGCAGUUUGCCAAAUGAUCAUGUGCCUUCACAACCUUAAAAAGUACAACAGAAUGUAAACCAGGUGCUUUGUAACUAGAGUGGUGGCUUUGGUUUACUUCUGAUGCAGUAGUCUUGUAUAUAGCUAUUACUAUAGAUAAGAUAGUUUGGAGUUGGUAAACUUCUGUAAAGGGAGGGCAGAGAGCAUUCCCCAAAAUACCUGUGAUUAUUUCAAAGCUUAGGAAUGGAAGGAUACCCAAUUCAGUUACAGUAAACCUGCUGCUUGAAAUCUGCUCUAUCAAAAGUUAAAUGAGAUUCAUUUAAUUUAAAAAUAAAUAAGCCUUCCUCCUCCUCCAAAGGCACAAAGAACUUGUUGGAGAAAAGUAAUAGAAAGCUCUGAAGAGGCCCAAAGUUACACUGUUACAGCAUCUUGGAAUGAAGUAGUAGAUGAAAAAUGAGCACUAGAUGAGGAGAAAUUAAUGGCUAGCACUCAUGUAAUCUAAGUUCACAUAUAUUAGACCAUACAAUUAAUUCCUUGUCCCAGAAAGCGCAAUUAAUUUUGUUUUCUGAAAUAUCAGCAGGUUUCCUUAGUUCUUCCUCCAGCCUCUUGCAGUUUCUUCACGAUGCAGUUCCUCUUCAGUGAUCACAUACUGUCAUUGCACAUUAACCAUGGGAUAUGGUAGGUGUCUUGUCAGCUGAGGGGCAACCAGUAUGUUUUAAUUUGAUUUCUUAAAAUUUGAAACUGGUUAUGUAGACUUCUGGUAGUACCUACAUACCAAUGUCAUAUUUAACCUACUUGUCCAUAAAGGAGUCAUAAGUUUGGGUAUUAGUGCUUUUUCAGAUAUUUUCCUUUUCUUCUUUGGGGCAAGACUGUGGGCAAAAUGGUUAUAAAGUUAUUGUCUAAAUGCACAGUUCAUACAAAAUAUCCGACCCAUUUUAGUUUCAUUUUGUUCCUUUUAGAAAGCAAAGUGUAAAAACAUUUACUAAUGUUCCAGAAAUUAUCUGGAAUCCUUCUUCCUGCUCCAAAUUCUGCCCUUACAGUACACUUGAGACAAUGGAAUUUUGUCCUUUUUUUUUUUUUUUUUUUAACAAAAUCACAAAGAAACUCUUUCAUUAAGAGAAGGGAGCUGAAGGGAGUGUUUAGAACCUGGUGAACUACCUAGGCAUUUGCUUCAUUGCAUCACAGCAGCAGAGUGUUCAGCUCAUCCAGCCUCCUUAAGAGCCCACGGUGGCCUCUCUGGUCAUUUUGUCUAGUUUGUCAUAUUUGCAGCAGCCGUAGUUUAGAAUAAGUCUUGUGUGACAUUCAUUUUUGAGUGAGUAAGCCACAAAAGAUAAAAAAUAAUUGUUUUCUUUUUUUGUUUGGGUUUGGAAUACAGUUGGGGCUUGGUUUUGUUUUUUUAUAAAUGUCAUUCUGUGUUGCAUUUUUGUGUUCACCCGAGUUGAAAAAAAAAAAAACCUGUCUGUGUGUUUUGGAGUUGAGUGGGACAUUAGGAGAAGAAAUGAAGCCCACCACCUGGGCAUGGAUGGUGGGUCUAGGGGGGCAAAAUGGACCAAACCUGGGUGUUGGGUUAUUUGGGGAUGGUGGGGGUUUCCGAGGGCAUAAUUUAAAGUAACUCUUGUCUAAAAUAAAAUGUAAGUGCAAUAAAUGUGCUUUUUUUAUUCAAAGCUGUGAACCUUUAAGGGGAAAAAGAAAAAAAAAAAAAAGAAAAACCACCAAAAAAAAUAACAACAACAAAAAAAGCAUAUCUUUCCUUCAUGAGCCUCAUGUCCUGCCUGCCUCUCCACACUUCUUCCCCCCUCUCCACACUUCUCCUCAACUGACAGAAACCCAACAGUGGCCAACUUGCAUGUGUUGGCAACCCCAUUUAACAUUGCUUUUCUUCUGAUCUCGUUUGUUGGGAUUGGGGAAAGCUCUGCCCUCUCCUUCUUGCCCCCCUUGGAGCCCCUUUGGGAUCCGCCAGAGCAGGAUUUACCCCUACUCGGGAUGCAGAAGCCAGCCCACCUGCACUCUCUUCAUCCCAGCUGCGAGCACAGGGGGAUUCCUCCUGGCCCUUCCUCCUCCAGUCCCAACUUCCCUCUCCACCUCUUUUCAGGUGAAGUGGCCACCUCCCAAGGCCAGGCAGGUGACAUUUCUCUUAAGCAAUUGCAGAAGUAAUCGGUCAUCAGCUGCCUCAUGGGAUCCCUUUUCCCCUUUAUCACAAGACACAUGCAGGCUGGCCACUGUUGCCUUCUCAGACUCUGCCUUGUUUUGAAGGAGCAGGAUACACCUGUUUGUUGUGCAUGAACUUGCACCGUCUCUCUUUCUGACUGGAGCGCAGGCUGCUUUUCCUAGUCUAGGAAAGGUGCCCCAGUCUCUUGGGGGGUUUCCACGAGAGGCACAACCCGUAUGUUUCAUUAAAAAGUGAUGGAAGGUGUAGCACUCGGUCGUUGGACCCUGUGGGGGCGCCAGGAGGACUGGCUUGUUUAAAGUGUAUAGAUACAGAGAUCUAUAUCCUUUAAACUUGAUUAUUUUUAUAUAUAGUCAAGACAAUGGCAUUACCUCAUAAUACAGAGGCUUGUUUAUGAGAGGCAAAAUACCUAGUAAGGAGAGGAAAGGGAAAUUUAUAUACAGAUUUGAUUUUGUUUGUUUGUUCCUUAGUGCAAUGAAAUGUGUCCCACCAAUUUAAACUCUGUGCUAACACAACAUUCCUUUCAGCUGUUGGUUGUUGGUUUUUUUUUUGACCACCAGAGGUUUUUGAGGGGCUUAUGACUGCGAAGUAGAAAGUCCAGUCUGGUUACUUAAAAAAUAAACAAACAAACAAAAAACAAUUGUGUUAGUAGAUUUCCAUAGCUGCUUUUUAAAAUCUACAAUGGAGUAAUUGUUUUGAAACUUGUAUUUAUUUUUUAAUUCAUAACAAAAUGUUUAUUUUUGGUUUUCUGUUAUAUAGGUCAUGGCAACUCCCAUUCUUUCCUUCUCAAGUUUCCCCUGUAAUUGCCAAUACAACUUAUUUUUCUUGUUUGUUCCUUUCCCUUUUACUUUUGUUGUCCCUUCAUUUGUACUUUGGAGUUUUUUUUUUCUCAUGUAAAUUUGUACAAUGGGAAAUAUUGUCCAGUUUGGUUAGAGAGCAUGGAGACUUAAAACAUAUUAAAAUUUGAUAGCUGAAUUCAGAUUGAAGAAAACUAUUUCUGUGUAAAGUUAUUUAAAGAACUCUGUAUUAUAUAAAAGGCAAAAAGUUCUAUGUACUUGAUGUGAAUAUGAGAAUACUGCUAUAAUAAAGAUUGACUGCAUGGAAAA